UGCUUCAACGUCUUAAUCUUUGUGGGUGCUCGAAUUUUGACAACUUGCCGGAGAACCUAGGGAAUCUCAAAGGAGCCUUGUUUCAUUGACUCUACUCUAUUGCAAUAAACUUGUGUGUCUUCCUAAUACCACUGGUGGUUUUAAGUUCCAUGGUGCUCUUGAUCUUUCAACAUGCUCAAGAUUUAAAAACUUGCCAGAGAACUCAUGGAUAAUCGAAGGUUUGCGGAUGCUUGAUUUGAGUAAAACAGCUAUAGAAGAGAUGCCUUCAUCAAUUGGAUGUUUGAUUAACCUUACUGCAUUGACUCUAAGAUAUUGCAUAAAUCUUGUGCACCUUCCUAUCACCAUUUGUAGUUUGAAGUUGCUUAAGUCUCUUGAUCUUUUUGGAUGCUUAAUUUGGAUGGACAGCCAUAAAAGAGGUUCCUUCUUCCAUUGUUCUCCUUAAAAAUCUAAACAGCUUCAUAUCCAUGGAUGGAAGUUAUCUGAAUUUUAUUCCCAGCCAGCAAGUCUUGAGUCGAUGGAACCAUUAUGGAUUUCAUUAUCUUACUUGCCAACAAAUCCUACCAUGGAAAGAAUAUUAUUGCCUUUAUUUAUAUAUUCUUCCCUGCAAACAAGUCCAGUUCCGGUGGGCUUAUCAUUGCCUUCUUUAUCAGGUCUGCAAUCUUUAACCAAUUUGAAUCUUAGUCACUGCGAUCUUUGGUCAAUCCCCAAUGACAUUGGUUGCUUGUCCUCUCUAGAAUACUUAGAUCUAAGUGGAAAUAAUUUUUUUUCCCUUCCUGAAAGCAUGUUUCAACUCUCUAACCUUCGAAAACUCUAUUUGGAGGGUUGCAAGAGUCUUCAAUCAUUUGAAAAUGCUCUGUCAACUAUUGAUUCUGUAGUUGCAGACGAUUGUACCUCACUAGAGAGAUUGCCAGAACUGCAAUUUUAUCUUUUUAGGUCCGAUCGCACCUAUUUGCAAUUCCUAUUUUUCAAUUGCUUCAAACUGGUUGACAAUAACAUGCUUCAGGGCGUUAAUAACAUGCUCCAGGCAGGUCUCUCUUUGUCUCUCUGUCUCUCUCUCCAAGUUCUAAACAUUAUGCUUUAUAUAUUUCAGGGACAAAGUGGUACACUACCAAAGAAGUUAAAAAUUAUUAUUCCAGGAAGUGAAAUUCCGAAAUAUUUUAACCAUGAAUGUAUGGGUCAUGAAUUGAAAGUACAAGUACCUUCUAAUUGGUCUAAUGUGCCGAUUGGAAUUGCAUUUUGUGUUGUCUUUAUACCCAACAAAUGGCGUGAAUGCCCUCGUGAUUGGGAACUUUUAUUUAUAAUCAAUGGAUUUCCAAUGAAUGAGGGAGAAAUUUCUGGUUCUAGGAAAGAAUAUGGUACAAUUGAAUCACAUCACCUUUGGCUGACCUAUUCUUCUUAUCGGAACGGAUUUCAUCCUCUUAUGAUUAAAGCAUCUUCCCGGAACUUGGAGGUGGAGAAAAUUGGGGUCCAAUUCAUAUACGGGCAAGACAUCGAAAAUCCCAAUAAAACUAUGGCACAGUGCAUCAACAACAGCAGCUUCAUAAUCCAUCAUGAUAUUGAUGAUUCAAUUGCAGAAGGUAGUGCAAAUAAGCAAAGCCAUGAUGAGGAUGAUGAUGGGGCAGGACCCAGUGGAGAAUGCUGCUCUAUUGUAGAACCACCGCCAAAGAGGAUUCAAAGGCUUGGAGGAUUUAUGGCUGAUUCUGAUGAUUCUAGUCAAAGGGAAUUUAUUGACUACUUUGCGAUGGAAGGAGAGAAUCAAACGUCCAAGAAGCUUGAAUCCAUUCACAAAGGUAGUAGUUACCAAGACAUCAAAGAUCUCAUUCUAACUAUGGCACAGAGCAGCAACAACAGCUGCACCCUCUAUGAGGGUCUGGUGAAAUCUAUCGUGAUAUUGAACAAUUCAGCCGCAGAAGGUAGCAAAAAUGUCAUGAGGAUGAUGGGGCUGGACCUAGUGGAGAAGGCCACUCUAAUGAGGAACCACAACCAAUUGGAUUUAUGAAGUUGGAGAAUUUAUGGCUGAUUCUGAGGAGUCUAGUCAAAGGGAAAUUUUCGACUUCU